AUGCAAAUACUUCCUGACAACACGCCGGAGUUGGACGAAAGCUUCUCCAUUCGAUUGCAUAAUGUUUCAGAAUCGAAUCAGAAAUUACAACCCGGAUCAGUAAGUAAUAUCAUGGUACACUAAAUGAUUGAACUUUUUUUUGGCAAAAAUACAUUAUUUAUAAUAAUAAUAUGCAUAUGAUUUAUCUUUUUAGUCUGAGUUAAUCUUGACCAUUGAAAGAAACGACAAUGCAGGAGGAGUAUUCCAAUUUGCCAACAUUGACACUGAAACCAUUCUUUCUGUAAGUAAAUUAACUGCCACCUUAAUUAAAUUAAGGUGGCUCCCUACAGUUGUCCUUAUUUGCCCGACGUCUCUAUAGUACAGGCCUAUUAAUGCAGAUUGUGCAUUCUUUUCUACUUGGAGGCAAUAUCUAACAUCAGUGGAAUAUAUUCGGUCUGACAAUGUGACUGUCGCCAUGGCAACACGGCGAAGGUUUAAAACCUGCUUAUUUUAGCCACAAAAUUGUUUUUACAUUCUUUUUUAUUCCAUAUAUCAAAUCAGUAGAGCAUGAUGUUCUGCAACUUUUGAGAACAUUUAAUAAAAGUCAUUACAGUCCGAUUUUUUUAAAAGCGAAAAUUUUGUUACAAGAUUUCCACUGUGAAGAUUUUUUUAAAAUUUGAAAUAUAUCAAAUUUACUAAAAUUAAAAUUUGUGGUCAAAAUUUGAAGAUAGGUUACCGAUGAAAAUAACGAGCAAAAUGCAAUUCAUUUUGUAAAAAAUCCUUGUAUAACUCGUGAAAUUUCCCUUAAAUAAAUCCUUCUACAUGCAGUAUAAUGAUUGACCUACAUGUUUCUCUACUUAUUUCGCAGGAGAAUUUAAAUAAUCAGUUGACUGUCACUGUAGUACGAGUGGAAGGUGACUUGGACGAACGCUGGGUUAAAGUGAAAGCGAUAAAUGCCGGUACAGUACAUUCCUUAAAACAAAUACAUCCACCUUACAGUAUGUGGUAUUUCAACAUUACUCGCAACGUUUAA